CUUGAUGCAGAAGAGAAGCACAUCAUGGGAUUCUGUCGCAGAAGAGGAUCAUCACCGAAUUUCGUUAUACAGGAUCAUUGUAGAAUUCCAUUGCAGAAGAGAAUCAUCGUGAAAGAUCAUCACAGAACUUUAUCACAAAAAGGAUCAUCGCGGAAUUUCAUCACAGAAGAUCAUCGUGGGACCUUGUUGCAGAAGAGGAUCACAUCAUGGGAUUCUAUCACAAGAGGAUCAUUACGGGAUUUCAUCAUACAAGACCAUCAUAGAAUUCUAUUGCAGAAGAGGACCAUCGUGAAAGAUCAUCACAGAACUUUAUCACAAAAAGGAUCAUCGCGGAAUUUCAUCACAGAAGAUCAUCGUGGGACCUUGUUGCAGAAGAGGAUUACAUCAUGGGAUUUUAUCACAAGAGGAUCACGAGAUUUCAUCAUACAAGACCAUAGAAUUCUAUUGCAGAAGAGGACCAUCGUGAAAGAUCAUCACAGAACUUUAUCACAAAAAGGAUCAUCGCUGAAUUUCAUCACAGAAGAUCAUCGUGGGACCUUGUUGCAGAAGAGGAUUACAUCACGAGAUUCUGUCGCAGAAGAGGAUCAUCACGGGAUUUCAUCGCAGAUCGUCGUGGGAUCUUGAAGCAGAAGACGAUCACAUCACGGAAUUCUGUCGCGGAAGAGGAUCAUCACCGAAUUUCGUUAUACAAGAUCAUCGUAGAAUUCUAUUGCAGAAGAGGACCAUCGUGAAAGAUCAUCAUAGAACUUUAUCAUAAAAAGAAUCAUUGCGGAAUUUCAUCACAGAA